GUCAUAACAUUUUGAAUUGAAUGAUUUGUUUGAAAAAUCUUCAGCCUGUUUAACGACUGUGUUUUACCAUGACACGUUACCCUUUCAGUGAAUUACGGGUAAAUAAUUUUAAAAUGGAAGACGGCAAGGAAAGGCACGUGAAACGAAGCGAGGCGAUCGAAAUUUCGUGUGGAGAUGGAAAGAAUGCGAACAGAGGCGAGAGUUUACAGGAGGCUUUCAAGAAAUUCCGCAAGGAUAGACAGGUAUUCAUAAAACAAACCGAUAUGAAUUACUUGAUGCGCAAAUAUUUAGGAAUUUACUCUGAUCGAUCUACGGCUGAAAGAUGUCUUUGUCGUAAUUUUAUAUACCCUGCGAGCAGACGGAGGCCCUUCGAUCUUCCUAGGUGAGUCUUCCCGACUUAUCUAGGAAGAUCGAAGGGCCUCUGCUCGCAGGGUAAAUUUCAUAUUACUGGCUCGUUUCUCUGAGGGUUUUUCUUAAGAGAAGGUAUUAUAUCUUGCCUCAGAACUCACUUGAAGUAAUUUUAUAUAUGGAAUAGGUUACAGCCGUGCAUUUUGGAAUGCAAGUUUGUGCAUUUUUUGGGAAAAAAAAACGUUACGUCUGUAGGGGAAUUCAAUACCCAGCAAAAGGUGUUGAAGGAGGGAAGGCGGGUCCUUCCGCAUAUAAAUUCUUUCACUAAUGUCCCAUUGGCUAACAUCUAAAGUAAUUUUGCUUACAAAAUGAGCCUAGCUCUACACAUGUAUGUAUCUUGUUCUUUCAGUUGUGAAACGGAAAAGUCUGAUGUACAUGUGCAUACCUUGCCUUUGAUCCACUGAUAAGGCAAAGUAAAUUGGGGAACUUACUUAACAUGUUAGUGAAAUGACUUAAAAUGCUAGUGAACAGGACAUUGGCAACAUGACUAGGGGCACCCAAAGUCAAUUUUUGGAAAAUACCUUUCUAGCCUUUGUGUCUAUGUUUUUCAGAAUUUUUUAACUAAUGGGUUUGGGUAGCACAAGUUUGGGGAGUUGGCUUUCAGGCAAGUUUACUACUGGUUAUCAGUUGCAGACAUUUGGUAAUCUAAUCUGUAUGUUUUUAUUGUAGAAGGCAAUACGUUUGUCUAAGCAAGUGAAUGAGGAAGCAAUAAAGUGGAGAGCCGAUCCUAAAACAAUGCACAAUCUAAGAAUGAGAUUUGUUGAACAGUGCAAGCAGUACUUUGGAGUGCCCUAUGCAAAGAAAUACCAGGAACCAGGAAGUAAGACUUUGAUGUCCAACUUUUUAAAAUCUUUUUUUUUUCUACCUUCUAAAAUAGAAUAGAGUGUAUGUACUGUAAAUCCUCUAUAUAGACCCCCUCCCCUCCCGUUAUUAUUCUUCACUAACAAGUGAGAGACUGUAUUGAUCAAUCACGAUCGUAAAACUUCGCGUGCACUGAUCCAGGAGGGUUUAUUUACCAAUUGGAAGUUCCGAUUUGAUUCUGAUCCUUGGCGACAUGACCUCUAACCUUCUUGUUCUUGUGAGCUUCUCCACUUUGUAUUCUAGUUCUUUAUGGAGAACUGAUACCAUUGUCUUUUCUAAAUCAAAUAAGCCCCCCCAUUCCCUCUAAAACGAAUGAUCCUCCCCUAAUGGCUUAAAAUAAAUAAGCCCCCCAGGAAGGGGGGGUGGGGGGGCUUAAUAGAGGAUUUACGGUAUAUAAAAAAAUUCUCAUCAUAACUUGUAGUUAACCCUGCAUGCAGAGGUUUCUUUCCGUCAUGGCUUUUAGCAUUUAUGAAGUUGUUUGUGUUGCUUGUCAGUCGCAUAGUUGGUUUGUUUACGCCCCCAUAGGCAAACCAGUUAUGUGACUGACAAGCGAAGUAAAACAACUCGUAAUCGCUAAAAGCCAUGUCAGAAAGAAUCCUCAGCUUGCCGGGUAAUUUUAGUGCACGCUGCCUUUAGUUAACAAAGCCCAGGUCCUUUUGCAAGUCGUUCUGUUAUUGUAUCAAAAUGAUUUGUUAAUUAAUUAAGCAAUGAAUGGUUUUUCUUAAACAGGCAAUGAAUACAACUCUCCUUUGUUUCUUGAUUGUUGUGGCUUGGUCAGAAAAGUUCUUCGGGAUCUCAAGGAGGACUUCGGUUUUGAAGUUGGUCCCUGGAAUCAAGCCUACAUGGUAUCAGUUUUAUUAAUGUGUAAUGAAUUAUUUAUUCUUAUGUGUUAGUUCAUUUAACCCUUUAAGCCCUAAGAGUGAUCAGCAUCAAAUUUCUCCUUGUGAGAUCAAUGCUUUGCAAAACAGAGUGGUCAUGAGAAUUACGGACAUGAUCACAUAACAUGAAUUUGCGUGAUAUUUUAUCAACUUCUCCCCACUACUUCUGUAGGAAAUGAAUAGGGGCAACAUAUGAGAAUUCAAAUUUUGAUCUUAGGGUUUAAAGGGUUAAGACCUCUCGAGCAGUACUUUCUUUGUUAUUCUUUUGUUUUUCAUUACCAGGGCAAGAGUCAUUAAGGUUUUAAGUUGCCAUGCACUAGUCUCUUAGGAAAAGUAAUUGGUCAUUUAUCCCACAAAUUCUUCUGUGUUUGUAAUGUUCAACUUGGGAUAUGUGUUUCCCAGGUAGGGAAACACAUAUCCCUAGUGGUAUGUGGUAUGUGGUAUGUGUUUCCCUACCUGGGAAGCCUCUCCCUGUAUAUGGAAAAGUUUUAAAGUAUACACAGCUUUUCUUUUUAUGGGCCUCCCAUUUUGGAAAGAAAUCAUUGAAGAAUACAGAGUAAAAUUAUGUGGAUCCAACGUUUUAAACUGUCAUCUAAAGAUAACAACGACUGAUUUGCGUAAAAUAGGUCUUAAAAUGAGGGAAUGACAUUUCAGGGAACUUAGCUCCUAAAUUUCCACCCCCUUCCCCACUAGGAAAGUGCACAUCUGGUGCAUAUUUUUUGCCUUACCGGCCGUGAAUGGUCCCUUACCUCCUGAGCUAAAAUUUAGGGAGAACACUAUAUUGCUGUUUUGUAAGGAAAUGUUAUUUAAUAUUUUCCUUAUUUUAAAAAUUAUUGAAAGGUAAAGAGGAUUAGAUUCUUAUCUAAUGAGCUUUGUUUUUUCAGUAUGACACACUUCCAGUGGAUAUUGAGAAGCCAAAGGACAUGAAACCUGGUGAUCUGGUGUUUGUAUCUGGAAUAUACCAUAAUCCUAAAUGUAAGUUCAAAUUACACUCAAACCCACCUAAUAUGGACACAAAAGGAAGGGUAUGCAUGUUAUAGAGUGGUUUCAGUUAAGAGGAGGUAGCUAAUAUAUGAAGUUUGAUGUCUCUGAGACCAAGAGAACUGUUCGUAAGAGAGAAGUGUCCAUGUUGAGGCUGUGUCUGCAAGGAAGGGUUUGAUUUAAAUAAAUUAACAGUGAAAAAAAAAUUGCACACGUUUAUAAACCAAAGCAGUAAGUUUUAUGCACUAAAGUAGUAAGUUUUAUGCACUGUUUCGUUGGCAAUACAUUAAAUGUCCAUCAUUCUUAUUUAUUUAUUUCUACUUUUUUAUUCCUGCAUUUCUGUUAGUUAAAAUGCAUCUAUCGUUGAUUUAUAGUAGGUACAUGUAAGUGGUUCCUCUGGAAAAAUGUAAUGCUGUUUUAUUUCAAAUUUUCAGCAAAGAAACAGCGCCACAACAUGGUCCAUGUUGAAGUUUGGGCAGGUGAUGAGGAAAAAACAAUUGGUGCAAGAUGGCAACGUGGAAAGUAAGGUUUUGUUUGGUGUUUUUUUUUUUCGUGGAAAAAAAUGAGUCGCUGCUGUAAAAUUGUCAUUUUUUAAUUGUGAUUUGGUAAUAAUUACCUAAUAAUUUGUCUCAAAUCCUUCUGCUUGAAAAUUUUGGGGGCUUCAUAUAAAUAUAAAUAGAUAAAUAACUUAGAUUAUUUAGUUUUUUGUAUUUUUAUUAAUUUUAUUAUAACUGUUGUAUUAUUAUUUGAUUAUUUGAUAUUUUUUUUCCAAAUAAAUUAAACUUUCAAUAUAUUAAUGAUCAUGUUUAGGAUACAGUAUCAUGAUUCUUACAAGUUCAGUGCCAAGAGUUACCACAGCAUGCAGUAUCAUUUUAAAUCGAUUGACACAUGGCUUAAGGGUAUCUGCAGAAGCCAUUGUCCAGAACAUUCCUGGACAAGGUCAAAGUAUCAGCCAGGAAAAAAGUCAAUCUUUGCUGAGGAUCAAGCUAAUGAAACCACAGAUCAAGAUGCUGAGGAAGACCAGGAAAUUGAUGAACAAGUUAAUGUUUGUGGUGAUGGAAAUAGCUUCCAGUGCAAUGCAUCAAGUGACAAAGGUUUAGAAAGAGUUGGUCAACUUGUCUCUGCUGAAAAACAAAAUAUCAUCAGGAAUCUGUCACAGGAUUGUUCCACUUUUGUUGAAGAAUUUUCUUGCAAAAAUGGUCAUCCAGCUACUGAUGUUUCAUCUUUAUCGGCAGAGUCUCAAUAUAGACAAAAAAAAUUUCACAGUUUGGAUGAAUGUGUUGCCUGGUUAAUAUCAAACAUAACAGUUGAACUUGAGAAGGAGGUUAGUGAUGAAUGCAAUGCUAGUGGCUUAAAGCUGACAGAUUCUUUCAAUGUCAUGGACGAAGAUUUCAAGCAGGAACCUGUGAGAAAUAGCUGCCAAUGUCCUCAAUGUUGCCAUAUAACAAUAAACUGCAUACAUCAAGACAAAACUAAUGAUCAUUAUUAUAAUCAAUUCAAGGAUGAGGAUCAAUUUGAGAGACUUGAAGAUAGUAAAUACAUUUCAUCUUCACUGGAAUGUUUUGAUUUUGUGUACAAUGAUGCUGGUGACAGUCAAGCUGUUUCAAUAAUCCAAUGUCCAAACAACUCCACCGGUGGUAGCAGUAAUGCUCGACGUUCUGUGUCUCCUUCAAAAGCUGUAAGAAAGGGGAAAGGUGCGUGAAAGAAUUUUGAUGCUAUUAGUAGCAUUUUGUAAAAUUACCAGGGCUGUCACUAUGGGCAAGAUCUCGGGCUACUUUCAUAGCAAACAAAAGAAAAAUAGAAGCAAAAGAACUACCUAAUCAUUCAAUUCCCCGCCUGACCAGCUAUUGCAUAUAUCCAUCCACUUGAAAUCUUAGUGACUGUGCUGACAGAUUACUUUGAAAAGUGUAUGCAAUUUAGUUAGCGGGUGGCCUGAAACGUUUCUGUUCAUUUGUGUGUCUGCUAAACUAAUGGGACAGAUAGUUGAAUGCAGGCUGCCAGUAAAACUGCUAGUUGUUUAUAUUCUGAAUUGGCCAGAUGAGCCCACAUUAAUUGUUUGAAAUGUCUCGAAAAUCAACCUCUCUAUUAACUAUUGAAUUUCUCGUAAGCUGAAUUUUUUAGUCAAUGAAAUUUUCAUUAAAAGUGAACUUUAUCCAUAAAAGUACAUGUAUUUUUGUACCAGCAAUCAUCAGCUGAAAUUCGUCCUUGUUUUUAAUUACCAGUAAGUUUGCUUCAAUAGAAUUCAGCUCCUGUUUUUUGGCUAAUCAGAGCAUUAUCAGACUGAAUUAGUUGUUUAUAGUUUGUGUAAAAGUAAACUUACUUUUAGCCUGAAUUUCAUCUGAUUACUUUGAGUCGUUAUUCCUCCCUCAGUAACGUCGUUGUUGAGAGGAGAAAGCGACUCGAAGCAAUCGGAUGAAUUUCAGGCUAACUUACUUUUUGUUCACCAUAAAUAGGUUCUGGAAAUGAUUCGUCAUCAGGAAAUGGAAGAGGGAAUGAAAAUGAAAAGAAUAACAAUAGCAAGGAUACCCCACACAAGAACUCGCGAGGUGGUGCAAGAUCUGUCAGUCAUCAGAAUGGCAAACAGCCAAAAUUUUUUAUUGGAGGAGGAAAUGGAAACUGGAUGUAAGAAUAAAGUUUGGAUCAAAUACUCUAAACUAAAGGAAAUAAAUCAGAAAGCCAAUAUCUUUGCAACACCUGUUGUGAUCAUGUGAUCAUCAGUUGGAAAGGUUUCACAUGUACUUCUUUCAAAUCACAUGACUCCAAAACAUCUUGAAUUUUAAUAAGUUGUGUGCUUCUGCAUUAUUUUAAGCUUAUAAAAAUUUAGUGAUUUUGAGAAAACAUGUCAAAAGAUGUCAAAAACUUUGUUAAGUGGCAAUGACAAUGUGAUUAUAGUUUGUAAACAAGAAGUUGAGACACUCCAAGACACUUUAAUUAUGGGAUAAACAGAUGAAUUUUUUUUUUUAUUUUCAGUGACAAUAAUUAUUGGCUAGUUAAAAAAUGAGUGUUCUUCAGGAAUAAUAUAUUAAUCACAACCAUUUUCUGUUUGAAUUAAAGGAUUGAAUCUACAUUAGUUUCACUGGGCUGGAGUAAGAUUGAAGACAAGAUGGAUGAUUCUUUUAAACUAAAAUGGGUGGAAUGCAAGAGUCAGAUAAACUACGACAGUUUCAGGGAAGGUAAGUACAGGAUCAGUAGCUACUAUACAAUCAGUAUUAAAUAAAAGCAGUGAUUUUGGUAGCCCUGUUUCUUGUGUCUCUGACACAUGAAAAUCCUGAAAGACGUAAAAUUUCCUGCGGAGCGCAUUCCGUAGUAUGCCAAAAUCCACUGAAGAUUGAAGAAUUUCCUGUUGCUUUGUGACUUUGAAUCUGUAAUGACAACCUGCGUGAACUCAGUAAGAGAGUAAUAUCAAAAUUUCUUUUUUAACAGGAGAACAACUUGUAAAUCACAUUUCUAACAUCAAUCUGCUCACAACAAAGCUUGGUCUUCUGUGCAGCUUACAAGAAUACCAAAGGGUGCAAGAAAAAAUGGCCAAGACACCAUCUAAGUAAGUGAAACAGCCCACAUCUCAUCUCUUGGCGGUGGAAUCCUCAAGUUAAAUAAAAGAUACUCAGUAUUUCGAUCUGAAGUUGUGAACUGUGACCACUCAUAUACAAGGUUUUUAUUACGUAGAUGUUUGUAGUUUGCUAUGGAUAUUAGACCGGCGCGUCGCCUUUUCUCGCGUGUGGUGAUUUUCACGCGCGCUCGCGUUUCGCCCGCUCUACUAUCCCUGAGGAAAAAUGGGGACUACUCAAAGUCUAUAUGGAUAUGGUGUGUUUUGUUGUUCUGUGAUAUAGAAACCUGAUGUUUUUACCUACAACGUGUUUUCCUUUGUUUUGGUUUAAUUUUUUUAGGCUCCAAAUUUCAAUGAAUGAAUUUGUACCUGAAACUCACAAGCUGAUGUGUGAAACGGAAAAACUCAAGUUUGUGAAUGAAGUCUAUAAAGGUAAGAUUAACUCGUUUGAACCGAAGGUGUCCGGUCAAGUCGCCCGAAAGUCGUGUCGCCCAAAACCAGUGUCAUGUCGCCCAAAAUUUUAGUCAAGUCGCCCGAAUUUUAUUAGGUGUACUACACGUAGAAACAGAGGUAAAUAAAGAGUGUGUGUACAAUAAAAUUAUAGCUUGUUCUUUACACCAUCUUGAGACCAAACAAAUUGCAUAAAUGUGUUACAUAACUCGUUCUUUAAGUGAUGAUAGGACGAAUCAAGCGAUAAAUGUGUGAUGUAUCUCGUUCAAGUCUUUUCACGCCUUUUGUUGUUGUUGUUGGUGGUGGUAUUUUUUUCCUUGGUUUUGUACUCGGAGUUCCUUUCCAGUGUGGCGUAUUACCAUUAGAAACAACCUCCUUUCGUUUUUUGCUCGGAGUUAUACUGCGGGGCUAAAUUAUGGCCACUGAUACUGCAAUAUGGCUGAGUACAGCUAUUUUAUGACCGCUUUCAGUUUUCACUGUCAGGAUAUUGAUUGGCUGUCAAGUCUCGUGCCAGGCUUGUUUCCAGUCGUCUGCUUGAGUUCGGAUGUGACGUCACCGGGAGACAAGGCAGCACAAGAACAUGCAAAGUUCUCUUUUCCUGGUUUUCCACACUUGAUAAUGGCUUUCUGACUUUUUUAUUUUAUUAUUUUUUUUUUUUACGGGGAGGGAGUGGCUUGGAGUAGACCAUUUCGCUCGUCACAUGGGGGCGGGGGAGGGGAGGAACCUUGAUCUUGACCAGUCGAGAUGUUCUCAGUUGAAACAAGAUUUGAAGGUCUUCCUGAGCUUGGGGCUCUGAAUGUAUGUAAAAACUGUCCUAAUUGCCAGAAGAAAUGGUAUUACAAUGGGAUGCCGAAUUCAUUAAGCAAACACUUCUUACAACUGAGGGAUUUUUAUUUUCAGACGGUGAAACUUGGAUCUGUAAACCAACAGGCAUGAAUCAGGGGAAAGGCAUCUAUCUUGUCAGCAGCAAAGAACAACUCAAAGAGAAGCUAAACAUAAAUGGAGAGAGCGAAUCCAGUGCAAGACGUAGUGUGGUGCGACCACCUCAGGGACGAGUCAUACAGAGGUACAAAUAAUGCCUUGAACUUGCCUUUGGCUUCGUCCACUCUGAUAAAAUUGUUUAGUCGCAGUCUCCUGAAACCGUUGAGUAGCAGAUUAUUAGGGUCUAGUUCUGCCUCCGCCGGCAGCUUGUCAUUGCUAUAGUGUUGUCUCUGUGGAGACAACAUUGCAGUCGGUUUACGGUCAUCUCACCAUCAACGAAAUCGCCACCAACAAAUAACUCUCAAAUCAUUGACACAGUUUACUGCGCUUUUCACAAACAUGCGAACUCUAAAGUUCAAAAGCCGCCUUCACAAUUGCGUUUUUCGCUGCCGUCAAUCAUAAUUACGAUCACAAGCAAAGAACCUUGAAACACAGAAACACACAAAACAGAUCGAAAUUCACCAAUCACAAAUCAGAAACCAUGACCUUUUGAACCUGUUAAAGUAAAGUUUUGUGUCCUAAGAGGUCCGUUGAGAUGAUUGACGGCAGCGAAAAACGCAAUCGUCAGUUGGCUUUUGAACUUCAGAAUUCGCAUGUUUGUGAAAAGCGCAGUAAUACCUAGGAUUACUUACCUAAGAUUUUUACUUUUUCGUCAAGCUUAUGCGAAUUUAAAUUCGUCGACCCAAUACAAGUCUAUCGAUCCCAAUUGACGAUCCUUGCGUCGAACGUCUUAUGCUCUUGAUAAUGCAAAUUAUAAUAAUACAUGUAUAGGUUCUGUAAGUGUAAGCUUUGACAUUUGAGAGAUCAUGAUAAAAAACUUUCAGAAACUUUCCACAACCACUAGUCAUUUCUUUGAAACAUGAAAAUAAAGAAACGGUUAAGAAACGUCAUUCCAUGAAAGUUUAAAACAAUGCUAAGCUAAGUUCUAUUCUUGAUGACGAGAUAACCAGAUACCUUGCAGUCGGGUCACCGUCAGUGUUAUAAGCAGAUUUAGCAAAGGAAGCGCAGCAGCAUAUGAGAACCCGAAAACACGCGGAAAUGACUGAACGCCAGUUCGGUGCUCAAUUUGCUGUCUUGCUGUUGGUCAAGCCGGUUUUUUGUCUUCGUACGCCGUCUUUAGCUCACUAUCGUCGCGUUGUCUUUCCUAAUCUGCCUUAUGUGCCUUAGGUGAGCCCUUAGUUGACCUCGUAGGAGGUACCCAAAUUCUCACAGUCAAAACACUAGAAUUAGAAUUCUGGCAAGCGACUGCUCGUUAGCAACUUGAGACUACUAUUUCCCGUCUGCUUUUCUUUUUGGUAUAUCCCAUAUAUCAACUAACAAUUCAUUGUCGUUUCAUUGGUAGAUAUGUGCUGAAUCCCUUGCUGUUGAAUGGCUACAAGUUUGAUGUCCGUACGUACAUGUUAAUCGCAAGUACCACGCCUUAUGUUGUCUUUUAUCAUCCGGGAUAUGUACGCCUGUCGUGUGUCCCGUAUACACCCUACACUCAAGAUGCCGCUGGACUGCAUGCUCAUCUUACCAAUCAGGUUUGACCCGUUUGCUUCGUUUUGCCUUUACCAGUUGUCGUUAUUCUAUUGCUCAUAACUGGUCCACAACACAACGAGGCGUUUUUGAGCGACGCAGUCAACCGGAAGCGAGACCUUUUCUCUUAUAAUAUGCCUUAGUUGACGUCUUAUAGAGACGAUUUGCCCGAAAUUUUGGGCAAAACCACUGCCUAAGAAUUAGCCUGCGAAUACAGCCGUUUCUCCUUAAUCGUCGCCGCUAAGGACGUUUCGAAACGGCUGUAUUCACAGGCUACCCAAGAAUGGAAGAAGUCCACUUCCGGUUAACCUGCAUCGCUCAGAAGCGUCUUUGCUUAAGUUCCCUAAUCACGUUUCCGGUAAGCCGCAAACGCCAGAUCUAAGUUAACAAUUUCACAAAUUAGGAGAUGAGCAGGCAAAAACUGUCCAAAAUAAUUUUUUUGUGGAUUAUUCCUGACAUGAAACUAUUUUUUAGUAGAUAAUAAACAGUAGAUGACAUGUAAGGGGAAAACUUGCAUGUUAUGCAAUUUGACGUUUACCGUUAACGUGAUUGUGAAUCUCUUAUGUUUGUUUACCAUUUUAUACCACUACAUGAGAAAUUUCUGCAAUUUGAUUGGCUUAGAACAGUGGUAUUUCAGCUUAAUUUGAAAUACCUACAUGUGAAAAUUACAAACCUUUUGCGGGUAGUAAAAUAAACAAAUAAUAGCAUAAAUGAUAUUUCAAAAUUGUCUCAAAUUUCACUCGCCCAACGGCUCGUGAAAUUACGUAUAACAAUUUCGAAAUAUCAUGCGUGGUAUUUAUGCCAAAUAUCACUACAAAUCAUGCUAUUACCUAUACUAAUACCAGGACACUGAUCAGUAGGCUAAAUUACCAACCGCUGUUCGGGAAAAUGAGCCCGCACUCUUCCCCCUUAAAGAUCAAAGACCGGGCCGGGCCGAGAGACUGGCAGAAAUCGAGCCUGUGUGGGGUGGUCAGCAAUUAGCCUGCGAGUAAGCUCUCUAGUGCGCUGUAGCGUCCGGUCGGGAAAAGGAAGGAGAGCUGGCAACUACGUCUCUGGAUUGGGAUUUUGAAUAUCUGCAAUGCAUCGAAAGAGUCGAUGCGAAGUGCUGAUUGGCGGAGAUGGCAUAAGUAAUGACGUCAUUACUCUUGGCACGUGUUUUUCAAUGUCUGUUUACAUUCGUGCUCGUUUCCGCUUCUCGCUGAUUGGCGGAAAUCUGACAGCUCAGUCGACGGGGAGUCACAGGGGAAUUGGAGGUGGAAUUUAAAUUCCAGAGACGUAGUUGCAAGCUCUCAUUCCUUUUAUAAAAUCCCUAAACCUGGAAACCAGGCUUUGUUGACUUUUAUCAGUAAACCCUAGUUUCUGACAAAAUCUCGGUUGCUUGCCACGACGUUUGGAAAACGCAUUUUUUAAUUUUAUAGUUAAGUCACAGUUAAAUGUUAUCUGUACUGAAAUCUCUGUUUCUGUGUCACAGUAUGUACAGAAAAAACACCCCAUGUAUUCCACCAUGAAGGAAGAUACUGUCUGGAGUUUCGAUCGAUUACAGUCAUACAUCGAUGAGAAAUAUGCCAAGGAAAAAGAACUCCCUGAAAACUGGGUCUACACAGCAUUCACGGUAAGUAAAAAAUAAAUAAAUUUCCGUUAUUUACCCUCGGCAGUAUUUAUAGCACUUAUGCUAGUGGGGCCUAGCAAAUGCAUGAAAUAACUAAUUUAAAUGAAACAUAAUGGGAUUAAGAAUCCCAACAGGCCGGAUGCAAACAAGUUCACUGUUUACAGGCGUGGUGGAGGACUUAAACUUUUUUUUAAUUUUUUUUAUUCAAAUUUAUUGUAUCUUUAUUACCUUAGUAUUUUUAUUGUCAUGCGUUUUAUACAUGAGCCUAUGGCGCGGAUGAUCGGGGCAACCUCAUCCCACGUAUUGACGUUAAUAAAUUUAUUUAUUUAUUCAUUAAACUCGGGAUUAUCAAGAACAAAUCCAGCUAGCGGUCUGUCAGGGUAGGACUUGAACUCUUGGCCUCCGACUUGCAAGUCAAGCGCUCAAACCGCCCGGUCACGCUGCCUCCACAAGUCACUGUUCACGUUUCAUCCGGUGUUAAUACAGUGGAAUCUCCCAUAAGCGGACACCCUUGGAACGCGAAAAAGGAGUCCGUUAGGCGUUACUGGAGCUGGCUGCUUACGGGAAUGUAAAACUACGGAGUUUGUAUGGGAGUUGAGAAAAACAGGGUUUUAUGAAGGCAGCCGUAAGUAGAGCUGUCCGCUUACUAGAAUGACGUCCGUCAGGAGAGCUUCGACUGUAUCAAUUAGUUUAUACUACUGCAUGAGAAAUUACUGCAAUUUGAUUGGCUUAGAGCAGUGGUAUUUCAGCUCAAUUUGAAAUACCUACAUGUGAAAAUUACAAACCUUUUGUGGGUAGUAGUAUAAACAAAUAAUAGCACGAUUUAUACGUGAUAUUUGGCAUAAAUACCACUUGUGAUAUUUCAAAAUUGUCUCAAAUUUCACUCGCCUAACGGCUCGUGAAAUUACGUAUAACAAUCUCGAAAUAUCACUCGUGGUAUUUAUGCCAAAUAUCACCACAAAUCAUGCUAUUACCUAUACUAAUUUUCGCACUUUUGGUGAUUUCCAUUUGUGAUUUCCGUACUUUCAAAACUCGCAUCGAAGCCUCCUGCUUUUGACUUCCUUGUGAAUCAGUCAUUUUCUGCGCCUUUUCUCUUCCUUUUUAAAACCAUCAAGAUUUAUAAUUAUGGGCUUUGUAUGAUCAUGACCGUCAAGUUUUACUUUUAUAUUCCAGAAACGCAUGCAUCAGAUAAUGACAGCAUGUUUCCACAGUGUUCGUCAAAAGCUGCAUAGAAGAUCAGGAACUUUUGACUUACUAGGAUUCGACUUUCUUAUCGACGAAGAUUUUAAGGUUUGCUAGUUAGAUAAUCCUUUUUGACUUUUGAGAACGUUGAAAAGAUGUCACCCAAGUCGCUUAUCGUAGGCCCGAUUAACCAGCCGCUGUUCGGGAAAAUGAGCCCGCACUCAUCAAAGACCGGACCCGGGAGACGGCGGAAAUCGAGCCUACGCUUAUCACUACAGGCGUUUUUUCGAGCUUGGAAUCAUUUUGUGUGUGUGCGCUUAGAUCCAGUUGCAUAUGUUUAUUUUUUCGUACAUAGCUCUCCGUUUUCACGAAUCUCGUGUUUGGCAUGAGUUGCAUGAUUCCCGCCUUAGCUCAAUUACCUAUGCACUCAGACAUAAUUUUUUUCGCGUUUAGCUUCUUUGCCGAUUGCCUUGCAUGGCACUUGCUGCAUGUUACCUGCGCUGUUUUUUAUGGUGCAUGUUUUCCCGUGCUUAACAAAAAAACUUGGGUGCUUUUCUUUACCAAAAUCCAAAUCCGGAUAUUUAAUCCGAAAACGGCUAUUUCGUUUCUUUACUAAAACCCAAAAACGGCUAAUCAAAAUGAUCCAGGACGGAGGUGUAUUCUUUGGAUGAUAUCCAAAUACGGAUACUUUAGAUACAUGGUCCGAAGCGUUUCUUUACUACGGAUCCGAAAAGAGUGAAUUUUAUCAGCAGUAACUCGAAACAAUUUUAAUACAUUAAUUGUUUGACAACACAGCACACCUUUAAGGCUUUUUUUGAACGGGAGUCAAGGAUUAUAAACGAUCGAUUUUAUCCGUUUUAUCGGAGUGGUAAAAUCGCAGUGCAAACAGGACCUGCAUUGUUCUAGUUCACGAGGACAAAACUGCUACGCAACUUCGCCGGCGCGUCUCACGAGACUUAACUUUUCCAGUACAUAUCUUAUGGAUUUUUUUUGCUAGAACCCGACUUUUAUUUUCUUGCUCUUUUGUAUUCCUUUUCACAUUCCUUCUUUCUUUGAUAACUGAGAAGCUUAUAACCCCGGACCGGGUUCCUCGAAAGAUGGUUAAGUUUAACCCAGGAUUAAGCCAAAGUUUAAGCAAGGUUUUCUUGUCUAAGAACACGUAACUAGAGCUUUAAAAAUGCUGUUGAGCCUUUACCCCGGGUUACGGUAAGGACAACACAAAACGUUACUCCAAGCAAUAUAUAGGAAAGUGAAUACAUAAAGUGGAACAAAAUUCUAAUCCUGGGUUAGCGCGCUAAUCUGCCUUUCAAGAACCGGGCCCUGUCCUGGGCUAUAUACUUCUGCUUUGAUCAAGCAACCAGGGAGAAUUAAGAUGUAGAUCACAUAGACUGCAAAACAGUCAGUAUUUUUGCGUAUUCAAGUACGCGCGAGCAGUCAAACAAAAGGUCUGGAACGAAGCUGAAAACAGAGAGCGAGACUGGGGAGAGACGCUAAUUCUCUCGCCUCACACGCCCUACGGGCGUGUGAGGCUCGCGCGCGUCGCGCGUAAGACUCUUACCCACGCUUUACCGAUUUCUUUACUGAUUUUGAGAGAAAAACCGACUGUUUUGCAGUUUAUAGAUCACAAGACGCCAGGUUGUAACUGUGUAGCGUUUUUUUUUUUCGUAGGUUUGGUUGUUAGAGGUGAAUAUCAACCCUGCUCUUCACACAAACUGCCAAGUGCUCAUGGAUCUCUUACCGGGGGUAGUCGACGAGACGCUAAGUAAGUAUGCCUCUGAGUGCGGUAGGCAAAUUUUAAUCAUUUAGUUCUAGUAUUUCGAGAAGUAUCAACCAGCUGUUCUAUAGCCUGCGCCGCAGACGAAACUAAACCGUUCUGGUCAUGUCCGUCUGCGAAACGUAAUUCCGGUAAAUUGUUGGGUCCGUUUGUGGGCCCUGAACAAGGAUAUCAACGCUGCUUCGCAUAGGUUGCUAACCGGUCUUAGAUUACCUCUGCAAUGUAGCCACUGUUCUAUUAAGGUAACAAAACAAUACGGAAUAGGGCUUUGUUAGUUUUAAGCCAAAUUACUAGCCCCGAAUCUCCUAUUUCCAGGAAAUAGGUUGCGUGACAAGCCGAUUGCUGGAUAGCCUGCGUAGAAAGCGUUUCUGUUUGGUUUCGGAGCAAAGAAAGACCAAGGAAGGGAAUUUUCGGUUUUGACAGCGCGAGAAAUGAAACGAGACCCUGCUCUUUCACUUGCGCCAUUUUUCGCGCUUUCUUUGACUCUCGUCCCUCGUUGUUUGCUCCGAAACCAAACAGAAACGUUUGCUACUCGGGCUAAUUGCUGGACACCCGCCUCACCUUCCCUGCAGGGGCAGGGAGAGGUUGUACACGGGCUAGCCGAUUGUGAGUUUUCCCGUGCUUUUUUUUCUUUUUUUCGAAAUUAGGUUAACUAUGUAACUGUGAGAAAUACAAAAGCCAAACUGUUACUAUAAAUUUUUUUUCUUCUAGAACUUGUUAUCGAGAUCUCAGAGAAGACAAAGCGAAAGCGGCCAAUCUUUCCACUUGAAAGUCAGAAGGGUUUUCAGUUAUUAUACAACGGAGAAAAAUAAACAGCCAAAGCGUCUGUACUCUGCAAAGAACAGGCAAAAAGCUAAUUCAGAUCCAUCAUACAUGCCAGUCAAUAGCAGACUGAGAAACUGCUGAUGGUAUUUGGUAUCAUGAAGAAAGAGAUAACUAAUAACCCCGAAGCAGCUGAUCACUGUUCAAGGCCUGGCGGCUUGGCUGUCUUGGUUUGCUGGAGACUGGUCUCUCAAUUGUGACAUGAUAGAUCACAUGCCUUGCCUGACUCACUCCUGGUGGUUUAUAAAGCAAGGCGGGUGCAUAAAAUGACUUAAAAAGACAUUUUGUUGUUUUUGUAAUUAAGUACCAGUGAAUUUUCCCUUGUAAACGGAAAAUAAUCGUUUACUACUAUGAGUGUGGAAAGGUGUAGAGUAAUCUGCCUUGGAGAUCUUUAAC